AAAAAAAAAAAAAAAAAGAUGGCUAAGCAGAAAAAAAACGGCUUGCAUUGGGGAUAAAAAAAUUAUGUUUCAGGCACAUUCCAAGAUUUUCCCUGGUUCGGGUUACACGUUCUGACGCCGCCUUUUUUUUUUGUCUCGUUUCUAUAUGCAGGAACCAUGUCGAUGGCGGUUGCAGAAAAUUUAUCUAGCGGUGAAAUGAUGAAUUCAAAGGGUUCCCUUGCGGAUACAAAUGUAUCCGAAGAAAAAUAUAAACGUAUGAAAAAGCGUUUAAAAGAAAUGAUCGAGCGCAACGAGCUUCUUGCCAAUGACUUAUACAGCGCAAAGAAACGGUUACGGCGCUUGGCUAAGGAGAAAACCAUUCUGCUGGAUAGAAUUUGCAAAUACAGUGAUCCUCCUAGUCAGCCAUCGGACAUCGAUCAUCCUCAUCAACACCAACACCAACACCAACACCAACAAAACUACAAGGAAAUCACAACCUCUAUCCAAGAGACGCCACCGGUCAUUGACCCUGAUGAUUCUGCCAGCACGGUGUCGGAUUCAUUCGGUGAGAAAGAGAAAGGAGUCGUCAAGCCAAUGAAUCCUCCGCGUACUCCUUUGCCAUCACAAACUUUGUCCGAUACAUCCUCGCCCUCCACGGUGGAAGAGUAUGACUCGAUCAUGGAUGUAUCGCCUUCCCAACCCAUAAAUCCUGCCGCAUCGUCUUCGCGUAUCGAAGUUUCCGUGAUUCGAGACGGUACCAUGGUUCCUUCCUCUCGACCGAAGCGUAUGCGUCGUGGACCCGUGGAACAGAAAAUGCGUCGUGUCCAACCAUUGGAACGAGAUACGGUCACUGGAGAAUACAAAUUACCCGCUCGCGUGGGCAUUUUGACCGUUCAUUCUCUCGGCCACGUCGUGCCUUUGCCAGCCUACCAUAAUGAUCGCUACAUUUGGCCCGUCGGUUUCAAAGUAAGCAGAACUUAUUUGAGUAUGGUGAAUGCGAACGCCAAUACACUCUAUACGUGUUCUGUGGAGGAGAAUGGAAGCCAUGGACCCAAAUUCCGCGUCUACGCCGACGAUUGUCCUGACCAACCUAUCGUCGCCAAUUCAGCUACGGGAGUCUGGACAGCAAUUGUGAAGCGAGCCAACGAGAUUCGAAACAGAGAACAUUCAAAUUCAGCCUCGGGUCCCGACUAUUACGGAUUUACGCAUGCCACGAUUGCAAAGAUGAUUCAAGAUCUUCCUGGUGCUGACCAGUGUCAAAACUACGUUUGGCAAAAAUUUGGAGUCAUGCAUCAACGCACAGCCGCCGGAGUGGCUGCAGCCGCUCAGAAAAAGUUGACAAACUUGGAGAUCAUGGGCAGCGCCAACAAGAAACCACCAGCUUCGUACACGGGUCAUCCUCAAACUAAAGAAGAGUUUCACUCAAUGUCCCCCAUGAGCUUUGAAGAUGUCAGUCCUACCGGGACUGCUCACUCUCACAUGCCAGAUGCAACCAUUCAGAAAUAUGGUACCAGAGAUACAGCGACCAACGACCCCGCGGCACUAUCACAAUCCGUUAUUAGGUUGCCUCCGAUGGUAGAAGCCGCUCCACCGUGGCCAAGCGAAGAAGCCCACUAAAUACACGAUUUAAACAAAAGCUAAAAAUGUUCUCGACUUCCCUUUAAUCACCAGAAAAAAGGCACAUGCAUACUCUAUCGCGUACUUGUUCUCUUCUUCUUUCCUUUCCUCCUAUGUAUAAUCUGUGAUUUUUCAAUCAAUGCCUCCUUGUAUACAAAAAACACCAAAAAAAAGGACAAAGCAACCAUCGCUUUCUGAAGCGAAAAUAAAAAAUAGUGAACAGUUGUGCAAUUGUCAAC